GGAUAUUUUCAAACCAGUCUUGGGGAGGAAUAUUUCAAAGGCGCUGAAACUGACAGAGUGGAAGUUUUCUUUUGGUUUUAGAAGAUUCCUACCUGUUGUACCAGUGAAAAUUGUGUGAAAAAUGACGAGGGAAAUGAUAACGCUUCAACUCGGCCAAUGUGGCAAUCAGAUUGGCUUUGAGUUCUGGAAGCGUUUGUGUAUGGAGCAUGGAAUAUCACCGAGUGGUGUAUUGGAGAAGAAUGCUGCUGAAGGAUUGGACAGAAAGGAUGUUUUCUUCUAUCAGGCAGACGAUGAGCACUACAUCCCGCGUGCUGUCCUGCUUGAUUUGGAGCCAAGGGUCAUCAAUACCAUCAUGACAUCACCGUAUGCUAAACUGUACAAUCCGGAAAAUGUGUAUUUGUCUAAGGAUGGCGGUGGAGCUGGCAAUAAUUGGGCUUCCGGAUACGGUCAGGGUGAGAAGUUGCAGGAGGAAAUUUUUGAUAUUAUCGAUCGGGAAGCAGACAAUAGCGAUGGUCUCGAAGGUUUUGUGCUAUGUCACUCAAUUGCCGGUGGAACUGGCUCAGGGAUGGGGUCAUACAUCAUGGAACGCCUUUCUGACCAUUUUCCCAAAAAAAUCGUACAGACGUACAGUGUCUUCCCCAAUCAGGAUGAGAUCAGUGAUGUUGUGGUUCAACCCUACAACUCACUCCUCACCCUGAAACGCCUCACAACUUGUGCUGAUUGCGUCGUAGUGCUGGACAAUACCGCUCUCAAUCGCAUCGCCACAGACAGAUUGCAUCUGGAGAAUCCCACUUUUGCCCAAAUCAACACCCUUGUGUCCACAAUCAUGUCCGUGAGCACUACAACAUUGAGGUAUCCCUCAUUCAUGUACAACAAUCUUAUUGGGCUGAUUGCACUGCUGAUUCCAACGCCUCAGCUGCACUUCCUCAUGACCGGAUACACGCCCCUUACCACGGAACAAGAUCAAAUUGGAAAUAUCCAGAAGACGACAGUUCUGGAUGUGAUGCGUCGCUUGCUGCAGCCAAAGAACAUGAUGGUAUCCACUGGGCCAGAUAAGACAAAUCAUCAUGUAUAUAUAUCGAUUUUGAACAUCAUCCAGGGAGAGGUGGAUCCAACGCAAGUCCACAAAUCGUUGCAGAGGAUUCGCGAGAAGAAAUUGGCUCAGUUUAUUCCAUGGGGACCAUCGAGUAUUCAAGUGGCAGUGUCCAAAAGUAGUCCGUAUGUUCAGAAUAGUCACAGAGUUUCUGGCCUGAUGCUAGCCAAUCACACUAGCAUCUCAUCGCUUUUUGAGCGAUGUCUCAAUCAAUACGAUAAACUGAGAAAGCGUGGAGCUUUCUUGGAUCAGUUCAGGAAGGAGGAUAUGUUCAAGGAGGAUCUCUCGGAAUUGGAUGAAUCUCGAGAUGUUGUGGACUCUCUGGUGCAGGAAUACGAUGCAGCCACAAAAUCUGAUUAUCUUCAAUGGCAAGCUCGGAGAUUUGCAGCAUAAAUCAACAUGGAAUCUCACAUCACGUCGCAACGUUUUUUUUUCGGUUUUUUCCUCUCUCACUUUUGCAUUUAUUUUGCCAUAAAAAUCCUUGUGUUCAUCAUAAGAUAGAAUUUAUUGUGAUGAAUUUGAUUAACUCUUGAGAAUACACUUAUAUAUAUAAAUUUACAAA